AUGAUAAAAUCCUUUUCAGAAACAGAGGGCAUAAGCAGUGGCUGUGAAGCGAGUGUUGUUAAAGAGGAGAUAGCGCGGGACUACGCCGCGCUGCAGUCGAGACUACGCAGAGAAUUUUCCGAUAGACGUGGCAAGAUGUACGCUGCAUCGCGACCAGUUGCUACAGAAGAGCAGCUGUCGGCUGACUUCCGCAAGAAGCUCACGGAGUGGCAGCGCAUGAAAGGUGUGAGGCAGCCGCCACCGGUACCAGCGCGACAGGAUCUCAGCGAAGACUUUCUCAAGAAAUGGGAUGAGUGGAAGCGCAUGAAAGAGACCAACUCUGUGCCAGCUUGGGAAGAAGAAGCGAAACCGGACGAAGUUUUAGUUCAAACAUCUACCGGACUCUUCAAAUUUCAAGGCAUUUCUCGAUCAUUCACCCGAAAGCUGCACGAAUGGGAGAAAUCCCGUGGCAUCGCGCCUGAAGCGUCCACGUCAGCUCUACUGCGGGCGGCGCGCGAACGCAACAAGACUCCAGCCGCGCCACUCACACGCGCUCAGUCCGACGGGAGCGUGGCGCCAUCUGUUGGCACUGGACGACGCCACGGCUCCAGUCUCAGCGUCAACGACGUUGAUGAUUUUGACUCCGAAUACGAUAGGGAGCACUCGCCUGACGGUGUUGACGAUAUUGAUGGGGAUAACACCCGAGGGGCAGUGCUGGUGGAAGUGGAAGCUGAGGAAGUCUGCACUGCUGCACCUCUGGUGGCGGUCUCCCCGUGUCACACUCCUCAGAAGCCAGUGUACACAUACGGCCAGGCAGAGGCACGCUUACUCUGUGAAACCAGUUCCGCCGUUACUGGAACUGCAGUCUUGCAGCCGAACGGUUCUGUCGUACUUUCAGAAACUCGCGGUGUGAAAUCAAAAGGCCAGUCUACAAAAUCAAAAUCAUCGCAUGAACAGAAUAAAACAACUGAAAAGUCUGUCAGAAGAAGAAUAAGUCAACAACCGAGCAUUGAAGAAGAUGCACUGUUUAUCAGGAAAACUAUAGAGGAAAUUGAAAGAGGAAGCUCUACCAGAUUUAAAGAUGACGUAACAACCUCAGAAACGGAAUUUAAAGACAUGCCGUCUACAAGCAAAGUAUCUAACUCAAGAAUUUAUAAACAAGAUGAUUCAAAAGAAAUUAAAAUUGGUAAGGAAAGUAACGAAGACCCAAAAGAUGAUUCUAAACGUAAAGAUGGCGAUAAAGGUAACGGUAAAAAGAAGACUAAAUCUAGAGCAAGGUUAGAAAGAGAACAAUCUAAGCCGUCAGAGAGUGAUACCGAGCAAGAUGUGGACACCGUAACGGUUGAAAUUCCUAGGAGACGAAAGAGACCACGAAAACCUUCUGAAAGACCUAGGAGUCCUCCAACAUCAUUUCACUCGGAUUCAGAGGGAGAGAUCUUUGUACUGAAACUCAAAGCUUCAGAACCCAGAGAGAAGUCACCGGAAGUGAUAGUCAAAACAACCAGAAAAAUAUUCUCGCCAGUUGUGCGAAGCGGGGAAACAGUGCCGAGAGCCGUUAUACCGGUGGACGUGGAAGACCUGGAUGAAGUGAGACCAUCCGUGGAAAGGAGUCCACGCACUUACGAUUUCAAGAAGAAAUCUGAAGCAGAAAAACGCAAAAAAGAGCUCAACAUGCGAUCCAAGAGUUCCGGCGAUCUUCAAGAUGGAAUUGACCAAAGACCGAAAACGAGACCACCACUUCCCACGUCUCCGUCAUCACAGCGUAAGCCACUUCAGAAAGAGGCGGCGCCUUCCAUUCGUAUUAUGAUACAACGUUAUAAUAAAAAAAUAAAUGAAGAAGGUCCCGUGUCAGGCGGAAGUAGUGGUGCCUCCUCACCUCCCUGGCGCUCUCCAACUGCUGAGCGGCGACGACCUCCAGAUAUGCCUCUUGGGAUUAAUAUAAGAAAUAACCCGUUCCUUGAAAGAGAAGUCCAGAAAUCGGCGAGUGCUUGUCAGCUAUCGAGACGAGAUCAAACUUCAGUCGAAAAACGCCUGACGCCAACCCCACAAACUUUGGAUGGAGUACUUAAGUCACACAGCGCAAAUACAUUGCUUCCGGAAAAAGAAAAUGAAUCAACGCCGCUACAAGGGAAUAAAGAAGAUAGCCAAGAGACGAUACAAUAUAAUACUGAAAGCACCGAUACAGUAGUUCAAAGCGUGUCCUCUAAUUUACCAGAUCAGAGCCAAGCGGAACCAGAACCUCAUCCCGUAUUAAGGCAGCUGUCAGAUACUAUAGUGCCAAGCUUAUCCAGGUUUUUAACGAAUAACACUGGGUUUUAUGAGAGAUCUUUCUCAACGAUGGAACCCGAGAAUUUCUUAACAGAAAGCAGUACCGUGGCAUCAAGUCUCUCAGAGCGCGCAGCAAAGAUUCGAGCUGCAAGGGAAAAAUUCCUGGCAUCCCCUCCGUCGAUAAGGAGGGAAGGUACGAACUCAGCUAAUGAUUUGAGACCCGGCGACAGAAACAGCCGCAUUAGCUGUGAGAGUGAUGUGACAGAAACACAGAGUUCUAGCACGCAGGAACAAAGCUUGGGGCGAAGUAUUUCAACUGGCAUGGUCAAUGUGGACAGGGAAGCAUGGCAGAGAGUAGCCGAAGUAUCACGUCGAGAUCGUCCCCGCUCGCGGUUCAGCCUUGCUCGCCUCGCCGCCAAGUUGCGACGCAAGGACGAAGGAGCUGUGUCACGCUUAUGUCGCCAAAGUCUACUUGUCCAAUUAAGAAAUAAGCAGUAA